UCAUCAUCUUCCUCACUGUCAACCUCAUGCGAACAAAAAAUAUCUUCAAUCAGUCUUUUAUUCAAAACAAUGAAUCAUGGAUUUGGGUUAAUCAAACAAGUUAAUAUGUCUAAUAGACCUAUGCUCAAAGUUCAAAUUGUGAGAAUGUUUUUCCAAGACUGGGGCAGCACAUAUAAAUCAUAUCUCGAGUUGGUCAAGGAGCUGAAAACCAAUUUCUUCCAAUUCAUCUUCGGAAGUAUGGCUGACAAACAGAAGGUCUUCUCAGGUAUCAACUGGGUGUAUGAAAAUCAAUACUUGAUUUUGGCUGAAUGGGAAGAAGGCCUCAAUGAGUGGCACAGUAAAUUUGAAGAGCUUAGAUUAUGGGUUCAAGUCAGUGAUGUGCCUAUUAACUGGCUCAGUCAAGAGGUGGGGUUAAAAAUAGGCAAAAUGUUCAAGCAAACCAAAAAUGUCUCAGUAGUUAAGGCAGGAGGUCAAAGGGGGAGCUUUUUCAGACUUCUUGUUGUGGUUGAUAUCUCAAAACCAUUACCUCGUAUAGCAAACCUGAAGUUGAAUAACACGCAAGUUAGAGCCAGAUUUCAGUAUGAACGGUUGAUCAACACUUGCUACUAUUGCGGAAUCAUUGGCCACUUGGAAAGGCAUUGCAGCAAGCAAAUGGAAGACAUUGAAAAAGGCACUUUGCGUGGAGGCCAAUAUGGUGACUGGUUAAGAGCAAUGGAAGGAGGUCUAAAAUCUAACACUUCAUUUAGCUAUGGCAGUCAAUCCACUGAAUUCCCUACAGCAGAACCAGAGUAUAGUGAAGGAACUAAAGAGGAUACUCCUAUCCACAAAUCUGCAGGGAGUGGAGUUCAAAUGCAGAAGGGUAAGGAGACAAGUGAUGCAAAAACCACAGAGCAUAUGGAGGGGGCUCAGAUAGUUUCUGGAGAGCAACUUCUUGCUUUAGCCCUAAUUCCAGAAUCAGAUCAUUCUCUAGAUCUUGCACUCCAUCACAGUGCUGAAACUUUUAUAGGAUCUGAGCAAGCCCAUAUGAUUGAGACAGUAACUGAAAUAAACAUGAUCGAAGCCCAAAAAAGGAAAGGUUGGAAAAGACUAUCCAAAGCAGCUAAUGGUGAACCUACUCAACCAGUCAUUGAUCCUCAAGACCCAUCUGAUAUAAUAACAAGAAUGAGGAAGAGGAGUGCUUCAAUUAAAAAUAAUUAUAUUAAAUCUGUAUGUAAUAAUAUUGGCUUUAGAGAUAGAUGGUUUGCAGUAGAGCCUCAGGGGUUAAGAGGUGGUAUGUUGGUUUUGUGGAGUUCAGAGGUGGUGGUGAAGCAGAUCAUUAGCAAUCACUUUUGUAUUCAAUUGGAAGUGGAAGGAAUAGGAGAAGUGGAUCCUAUUUGGAUAGUGUUUGUUUAUGCCAGUACAGACAAAAAUGAAAGAAUGAGGCAAUGGAACUUUCUUGAAGUUGCCAGAUGCUCAUGGGGGAAAAAAUGGAUCUUGGGGGGGGAUUGGAAUGAAACAUGUGACCCAAGUGAGAAGAAAGGAGGAAGGGUCAAGUCAGCAGGAGAACUCUUCCACUUCAACAAUUUUAUAGCAAAUAUGGGGAUGCAAGAGCUUAAACUUUCAGGGCACAAUUUCACUUGGGAAAAUUGCAGAAGUGAGGAAGGCUAUAUUGAGGAGCAGAUUGAUAAGAUUUUUGUCUCCUUUGACUGGCUAGUUGAUCACCUCAAUGUUGAAGUGCAAAACAUCUUCAGGAGCUCAUUUGAUCAUAGAUUGCUGGCUCUUAAUGAUAAUCCAUCCAGUCAGGAGCAUAGACACAAACGUUUUUUCUUUGACAAAAGGUGGUUGAAGAGAGAUGGUAUUCAAGAAGUGGUGCAAAAUAGCUGGCAAUCAGAACAAGCUGGUACUCCUAUGUACCAGGUUUCAGAGAAAAUUAAAUCCACAAGACUGGCACUGCUGAAAUGGAGUUCAUCCUUUAGGCAGAACCAGCUCAAAGCCAAGGUUCUUUUAAAUGAGAAACUGGAUGAAAUGAGCAAGUUGGGAGCAAAUAGAGAUUGGGAGGAAUGGGGAUUAUUAAAUAAAGAAUUGGACAGAGUCACAAGAGAUGAGGAAGAGUACUGGGCCCAGAAAUCUAGAUCGCAAUGGAUUAAAGAAGGGGACUCAAAUACCAAGUUCUUUCAUGCACUAACUCUUCAAAGGAGGCGGUUGAAUGCUAUUACCAGACUCUUGGAUGAUAACAAUCAAAUGCUGGAAGAUAAGGAGGACAUUCAGCAACAUAUUUGUCAAUUUUACAAGCAGCUUUUCAGCACUGAAGGUCAGAAGGUGAAUAUGAGCAAGUCCUCCAUCUUUUUUAGCAAGAAUUGCUUGGAUAACAGUAAGUUUGAGAUUUGUCAGAUCCUGGGGGGAAUUCAGAUCCAUAGAUCGACUAAGUACUUGGGGUUGCCCCUGGGUAUUGGAAGAUCAAAAAAGGACUCCUUUGAUUAU